GUUGCUGACCUUCCCUGUCGUAAUAAAGCAAGCAUGGCAGCACGGACACUGACGAGAGGAUUAUGGGGGCUACGGCAAUCCAGGGCAGCUGUUAUGGGGUUUCCCUGUGGUGGACAAACUUAUACCACUGCAGCGUCCAUCAAAGUACCCCAAAUCCAGACUGACGACGUUUCAGAAAAAGUGUUGGGCCUCCCACUGCAGAAGCCAGACUUUUUCCGUGUGUCUGAGCUCUUCUCGUUGAAAGACCUAUUUGACGCCAGAGUGCAUCUUGGUCAUAAAAAAGGCUGCAGGCACAGGCUUAUGGAGCCGUACCUCUAUGGCUGCCGUUUGGACCAUGAUAUAAUCGAUCUCGACCAGACAGUGGAGCACCUUCAGCUAGCCCUUAACUUCACCGCCCAUGUAGCGUACCGUGGCGGCGUCAUACUGUUCAUCAGCCGCCGGCGUCAAUUCUGCCACUUGGUGGAGACAACCGCUAAGGACUGUGGAGAGUACGCCCACACACGGUACUGGCAGGGUGGCUUGCUUACCAACGCUCACACCCAGUAUGGUCCAGGAGUUCGUUUACCAGACGCCAUCAUCUUCCUCUCAACUCUCAACAAUGUGUUCCAGCAGCACGUGGCGAUCAGAGAUGCGGCCAAGAUGAACAUUCCCACGGUGGGGGUGGUGGACUCAAACUGCAACCCCAGCCUGGUGACGUACCCCGUGCCUGGGAAUGAUGACACUCCGGUCACCAUGGAGCUGUACUGUCGCUUAUUCAAGAUGACUAUUAACCGAGCCAAGGACAAAAGAAGACAGAUGGAGCUACUGCACGGCCUGUCGGCACCCUCCUCACCAAGCUCAUGACAUUACAUAUUCUUAAAUUAAAGACUUUAAAUAACGCAGUUAAGAGUCCAGACUGUCUGCUGCUUCCCUUCAUCUUGCAUCUGUACUUGGAAAAGAUGGGUUUUUUUCAGGGCCGCAGUGCUGGCUUGUGUCAUGGAUGAAGUUGUGUGUAUGUCACCUAUAAAUGAAUCUCGUUUCUGUGAUAUAUAUGCUAUUGUCUUUCUCAUUUAAUAUAUUUCUUACAGUGUACCUUUUUAAAGUUGCUUUGCAGCUGUGUCCACAUUGUUACUGCUGUGCAACACUGAUACAAGAAUGACUGUUUACAUGGACCGCCAUGUUCUGAUAUUUAACAAUCUCAUUUAGACAGGACUUUGUGUUACUGUUGAAUUCAUGUUAACACUCCUAGGAUGUAGAAUGUAACCUGGAUAAUAACUAAAAUGCCUUACAUGACAGCAGAUCGUCAUGUUUUGCACUAAAUUUCAAACCCAGAUCUAAUAUUCCUGUCAGGUUGCCAUUGUGGUGUAACGCUGAGAUUAUGUUUGUACCAUUUUUGCAAAAAAAUUUACAAGCAGACAGGUUAUUGUUAUUCUCAUAGGAUUCAUAUUUCUACAAUGCACUCUUAAUUAAACAGUGUUUACACAUGGAAUUUAUUCCCACAGGUAAGAAUACGAACACCUUUCCUAAAGGUCUUAAAGAUAAAAAAGCUGUGUUGAUAUAUUUUAGAAAAUCACUGACGGUUUGAAUUCUGUAAAAGGUAAUAUUCCGGUCUCAUUUUUUUCACAGGUUCGGUGGUUGUCCAAUCUAACAUGUUUGGUUCAGCUCUGAUCUUUCUCAAAGGCAGCAUAAAAUAUUAAAUAUAAAGGCAAUGAAUAUACAUGAUGGAAUCCUAUUUACUGAAAAAGUCUGAGAUUGAGCAAUGUACAUUAUAAAAUUUUAUUAAGUCUUCUAUAAGUCUUCUAUAACUUCUCUCACCUGUUGUGUAAUGAAA